AUGAGGCGGACCUCAGAUACAUCAAUAGCUAUAUCAAAUGAUGUUAAAAAAAAUUCGAAUUCUUUAAUCUAAUCAAAGCACAAUCCAAGACUGAAAGAAUACACCACUAAUUUGAUUUAAUUUAAGAAAGAUAAUUUAUCAAUAAUUGAAGAGAAUUAUGAACCAAGUUUAGGAAUUAGCUUUUUAGAUCGUAAGGAAAGUGAUAAGAAUAAAAAUAAAACAGAAUUACCGGAAGCUAUUUAUAAUAUUGGUUAAGCUACGUCUAGAGUGUUGGCGACACCUUUGGAUGAGCUAGAAGUUUUUAAAAAUUCAAGUAAGAACUAUGUGAAAGGUGGUUUGAAUUUAAUCCGUCUGGUCUCAAAAUUCAUUCGAUAAUUGAAAAUUCAUUCAUAAACUUUUUAGUACAAAAUGAUAAACGAAAACAUUUUAUAGUUACUUGGAGAUCAGGCUUCAAACACAUAAUUGUUUAUAUUCUUAAGAAAUCGAUACUUUAAUUAAAAUCAAAGGCAAAAGCUGGAUUCUAAUUGUUUGUAAUUAGAAUUACUUUUAAAAAAGAUACAUAUUCUGAAUCCUGAUAAUAUGAUAUUAACAGGAUUUAAAAUUGUAUUGUUUUGUCUGCUCAUAGUCAAUAUAACUUACAUUCCCCUUUUGUUAUUUUUAUAUGAAUAAGAUUUUAAUAAGUAGGAUAUACAUCACCUACUUGAUACGCUUCCUGUAGUUUUUUGUAUGCUAGAUUGUAUUUUAAGAUUCAUCACAUCAUUUUAUGAUGAAGGAAUUCUAUAUAGGGAUAUAGGUAGAAUUGCCAAACAUUACUUAAAAAAUGAUUUCAUAGUAGAUAUUGUAAGUAUUAUUCCUAUAUUUACUGAUAGCCUAGUAAUACAAUAUUUGACUGUUUUCAGGAUAAUAAAAUUAAAAUUAACAUUAGCAACUCUGGAAGAAAUACUUUGCUUGAGAUAAUAAAUACAGGGAUGGUGGGAAUUAAUAAAAUCGGUGUUUUUUAUUGUUUACACUUGUCAUUUUUUUGCUUGUAUUUGGUAUCAAAUUGGAGAAUAAGGAAUUAAAAAUCACACAAAUAGUUGGUUAAUUGUUAAGGAACUAAACAACUCCACAUGGCAAGAGUAAUAUUUCUUUUCUCUUUACUUUAUAGUUAUCACAACUCUAACUAUCGGUUAUGGUGACAUUCUUCCUUGCACUGUAUCAGAGGCUUUAUUUACAAUUUUUAUUGCCUUUACUGGAUGCAGCGUUUUAGGGUACACAAUUAAUAAUAUUGGUGAGAUAUUCAAGAAUCUAAAUGAAAGAGAAGUUAAGUUUAAACAAUAGAUGAAGAGUAUUCUGCAAUACCUUAAGGAUUAUAACAUUAAUAAGAAUUUGUCAUUACAAAUAAGGAAAUACUUUGAAUAUCAUCUUAAAUAGCAAAUUGAAAAUAAUAAUGAAGGAUAUCAAAUGAUAAAUCAAUUGUCAAAACAAUUAAGAGAGCAAAUGUAAAUUGAUCUGUACAAAAAAUAUUUGAUUAAAGCAAGAUUUAUUAAGGAUUAUUGUUCUCAAAGUACAAUAGAAAAACUGUGUUAAUAUGUUAAAAUAGAAAGCUAUGCUCCAGAAUCUAAAAUCUUGAAUCAGUAGACAAGUUGUGAGAAACUAUACUACGUGUUGGAAGGGGAAUUAGAUAUCUAUAUUACUUUGGGUAACAGAAAUGUCAGCAUAUGUAAUUGCUUAAAAAAGGAUGAAAUUAUUGGACAAUGGGAAUUUGUGUUGCAAAAUCCAUAUCUAUACUCAGUAAAAGCUGUGAAAUAUACUAAAUUAUUGGUUAUCCAUCGAAAUGACUUUACGAAGGUUUUGAAAGAAAACAAAGAGGAUUUUGAGAAAUUCAACUAAAUUAAAGAUAAACUGCAAUUUUCUAAGAAAUAAAGAGGUAACAAAUGUUUUAUAUGUGGGUGGAUUCAUUAUUUUAAUAAGUGCCCUUUUUUAUUUUUUAUAGCAGACAGGGAAAAAGACCAAAUUCGAGAUAGAAAUCAACGAUUGAGAAAGUUUGAGAAAUCAAGAACUUUUCAGAGAUUGAAUAACCUAAGACAAGCUGCCCUAGAUUUUAUAUAGGAUUCAGAAACAAACGAUUUAACUCUACAACAUCUGGUUGACCUCGGGUUUAAUAGGAAUGACUCUAUUCUGCAUGGCAGUGCAGCUUAUCUUGAUGAAUUGAUUGAAAAGAAAAUCUAAAGCACAUUUAAAGUCAUAGAAAAUGAAGAUGAUUCAAAUCAUUCUUUUUUGCAGGCUCCCAAGGUUGUCGCCACUUACAAAAACAGGUCAAUUGUAUUUGCACCAACUCCCGAAAAUGACAGUUUCUUGAAUUUAAAAUUCUAAUCACCAGACCAAUUCAAUAGAUAAAACUCUAACACUCUCUAAAGACCCAGAAAACAAACAAAGGAGUUAUCUCGCCUUAAAUAAUCAUAACCAAAAAUCUUAUUUAGCACAAACAAAAUAGAGUCAAAAAUGAAUUUCAUGAAAAGAAAUGACGGAAGUAGUAACUUUUAGAGCCAAAUAAGCAGCAAUUUAAAUAAUAUUCUAACUACCAAUAACAAUAUCUAUCUAAAUUAGAAUGAUAAUAUCGAAAGUUAAUAGGGGUCCUCUUAGCAUAGAAGUGAAUAACCUUCCAGUUUGCUUCCUCAAUAAUAAUAAUCUUAUUAAGCUUACAAUGGUGCCAUAGAAGUUAAUUUUGAUAUCGACAAAACUUAGGUGUUUAGUAACUAUUUUAAGGAGGGGAAUAUAUAUGAAAUUGUAAAAGACUUGAUGGAAUUGUAACUAAAAUAAAUCACUUUGAAGUCUCCGAAGAUGAUGCAAAAAAGCAUUAUGAUGGGAAGCAAUAAAAAUCAUAAAAGAUUCGCACUCUUAUAAAAGGUACUCAAAAAAGAUAGUCUAAUGAUUUGA